CCUAGCGGCUGAAUGCUCUACCUCUUUAAUUGAAAGCUCAUCUUCUCGGAGCAGUCUUUCAGUCCGGCGCUGGCGUUCACACGCUCACACACACUCUCUCUCUCUCACACACGCACGCAUCCUCCUUCCGCGUCCAGGACAUGAACACCUGAUUUUUCUCACCUGCAUGAUGGACAGCUAGACGGUUAAAGAAAAAAAAAAAUACAAAAACAAAUUCAAAGAGCGCCAUGACCUGCGCUUACUGACUCGCACACACACACACACACACACACACACACACGCGCACACACACACACACGUUUCCAGCCGUGAGAGAGAGAGAAAGAGAGAGAGAGAGAGAGAGAGAGAGAGAGAGAUGAUUCAGCCCGAGCUCCACAAUCAUGUGGCUCCUAACACGGAGCCCAGUCCUGCAGACACAGCUCCAGUAUCCCCCAGCCUGCUGCACAGGAUCCGGAGAGUCUUCACCAGAGAGCUCCUCCUCACGCUGGCGCUCGGUCAGGUCUUGUCUCUGCUCAUCUGCGGGAUCGGACUGACCAGCAAAUACCUGGCCACUGAUUACCACGCCAACACGCCCGUGUUCCAGUGCUUUCUCAACUACAUCCUGCUGUUCCUGGUCUACACCACCACACUCGCAGUCAGGCAGGGAGAGGAGAAUUUACUGGCGAUCCUGAAGAGACGAUGGUGGAAGUACAUGAUCCUCGGCGUGAUCGAUAUUGAAGCCAACUACCUGGUCAUUAAAGCUUACCAAUACACCACACUUACCAGUGUACAGCUAUUGGACUGCUUCGUCAUCCCCGUCGUGCUCCUGCUGUCCUGGUUCUUCCUGCUGGUGAGGUAUAAGGUGGUGCAUUUCGUCGGCGUGGGCGUCUGCCUGCUCGGCAUCGGCUGCAUGGUGGGAGCCGACGUGCUGGUGGGACGACAGCAGGGUCUUGGGGACCAUAAGCUGCUGGGAGACCUGCUGGUUCUGGCCGGUGCCACGCUAUACGGCAUCUCUAAUGUGUGUGAGGAAUUCAUUGUGAAGAACCUGAGUCGUGUAGAGUUCCUGGGAAUGAUGGGCCUCUUCGGUUCCUUCUUCAGCGGCAUCCAAUUAGCCAUAAUGGAACACAAGGAGCUGUUGAAGGUGCAGUGGGACUGGCAGAUAGGGUUACUGUACAUCGGCUUUAGUGCCUGUAUGUUUGGCCUGUACAGCUUCAUGCCUGUGGUGAUCAAAAGGACCAGCGCCACAACGGUCAACCUGUCUCUGCUCACUGCUGACCUGUACAGCUUCUUCUGCGGCCUCUUUCUAUUUCAGUACAAGUUUUCAGCUCUCUACCUGCUAUCGUUCUUCGUCAUCUUGCUCGGCUUGGUGAUCUACUCCUCCUCUUCGACCUACAUAGCGCAAGACCCUCGCGUAUAUAAGCAGUUUCGCAAUGCAGGAAAUCCCGUCCCGGACAUGCCCAACGCCGGGCCCUUGGAGCCUUCAGUGACCUACAGCAGCCUGGGGCAGGAGAUAGAGGAUGAGCCUCGGGUUCGGGUAGCUUGAGGGGGCGGAGCCUCAUGCGCGCAAUCGUCCACGGCCCCUCCGGCAGCGUGUAGAAAGUGAAUGAUGAUAAUCACAGAAUAAUGUAUAUAACCACGUAGCAAACAAGUACACUGUGAUCACGAACUGUGAAUAGGUAGCAGUGAUCUCGGACUGUCUCGGAUCCAUCGUGUAUAAACCUCAUCGCCUCCACACUCAACAGUUUAAGUGUUUAAGGGUCUGUGCUGACUGUUUGUGCAAAAUCACAAUUCUGACUUUUAUUUUCUUACAUGAGCACAAAAAGGUUUCAGUGUAGCUGAAAUUUUGACGUGCUUUUUUUUUUUUUUGGUUAUUAUGAAUAAUUUAAAGGAACAAAUCGGCCAAAAACAAAAUGUAAAAUAUAUCCUUUUACUGCUAAAUGUAAUUUUUUCACUGGAGCAACGAGGCUAACGUGGCUAACACUUAAGAAAGGUUUAUAGCUACCAGUUUAGCAUAAUGCUUCAAAACUGCUUCAAAACUCUGUGGAGCUCUUUAGUGUCUUGUGUGAGUGGUUUUCGACACUGUCUAACGCACUGUUAUCUAUAAAAACGGACAAAAGCAAAUAUUUCCGAGCUGAAAACGGUCUCGACUCUAUCAUGAAGAUGGAAUCAGGCUCAGAUAGGAGGUGUGGCCUAGAAUGUGAACGUUGAGUUGAAUAGUAUGCUAGAAGUUAUGAUAAUGUCGUAGCGAUUUGAGUUUUAUAUUUCAUUUUCUUAACAUAGACUGUUAUUGUAUAAAACUGUUUACAUACAAAUGGUGUAAUGGAUUGAGUUGAUGUCCUCUGAGGUGCAUGCAGUCGUGGUGCUAAAAUAGCGGCUAUACCACAGAACUCUUGAAUUCCCGAAUCUGAUUGGUCAGAAGGUGUUGAUUCAUUCAUUUUGUACGCUGGACGCUCCGCAAAAUUUAAGGCUAAUAAUAAACAGAUUGUUUACAGAACACAGCAAAAACGUGCUGUUAUUUAACACAGAAAAACGUGAAAAGUUUAUUUAACGUUUAUGGAAGGAGUCUCCAGUGUCAGUGAAAGUCAAACAGUGAAAGUGAAAGUUUUUUUUUUCUGUCUUAUUAACUUAAAGAGAGCAAAAAAAAAAAAGGUUGGUGAGGUAAUGACUGAAGUGAUAACAGGAACUGACUUGUUUUGUGGGCGUUCCACAACAUUAAACGUAACUAUAAACUGAUAAAAUGAUGAUGUGUCGUUCAGUGAAUUGAAAAAAUAGCUGUAAAUAAUUGUAAUGUAAAUGAAUAAAGCACACUUUGAGGUGCGCUGUUAUUGGAAAAUAGUGAACAUUGAGGUGGUAACAGUAACUCUGCUCCACGUCAGACCAACCUCAUGCCACCCUGUUGUUGUUUACUUUUAUGUUAACGGCAUGCUCCCAAGUGUUUAACCCCCUACACAUUUACUCGUUAGCUACGUUAGCCUUAUAGCUCCAGUGCAAAACUGAUGAAACUUCAGACACCAAACGUUACGACUAAUCGAGUACAUUUGGGGUAAAGAGGAGAAUAAUGUAAAUAUGAAAAUAAUUUCAUUUUUGGUUCACGUUUGCUUUAAUCAGUUCUGAGUUACAAUAAAUUAUAAACUGAUUUGUUAACAGCCAGUGCCUUGAGAUAUAUAGGUAAUGUUGGUGAAAGUCAACAGUGUCAGUUUUCCACUUGUCUGAGAACUCAGAUUUGUGAGAAAGUAGUACAUUCUCAGCUGGAAACUAAAAUAUAUUGCUUAUCAGAAAACCGGAAUGAAACGCAUACGCACACACACACACACACACACACACACACACACACACACAUUUAUGGGUCUCUUGUAUCCGUCUUAUUUUACUGUUACACCACUUUGGUUAAUCGUCCUUUUGAUCAAACAAUAAGAAUGUCUGAGGGUUUUAUGUGUUUUUAUUCUGUCAUGAAAAUAUAUGGCAUUUUCCUUUGUAUUAAAUAUAAAAUGUGUACUAGCUUGGUUGUAAACUUGUAAAAAAAAACAAAAAAAACACUUGUCUUAUAUUUAAUUUGUUUUAUGACUGGUCAUCAGACUCAUCAUAGUCCUUUUGAAGUAUUAUCGGCAUUUGGAUAAAAUCUAUGUAUAAAGUUAUUAUUUUGAGAAAUUCUCUAAAACUGUUUUGUUUUUUUUUGUUGUUGUUUUUUUUUUAACUUUUAUUUGUCAUUUACGUACUGGAAUUCUUAAUGUGUCUGAGUUGUCGCUUUAAAUAA